UCGCUUCAGCUGGGAGAAGAGCGCGUUUUUGUGGCAGAGGCCUGUCCUCCAAGCCUUCCUUGCUCUGCUGCCCCAGGGCUGCUGGGCGCUCUCAGAGCCCUGCUCACCGGCCCUUCUCGGUGUCGUCAGAUUGGGCACAGGAAUUGGGAGCAGUAACAAAUGAAGGCCACGUUCCUCGGUGUGUUCUUGGUCUGCUGACAUAGGACAACGGUAUUUUUCGAGUCAGGCGCUAUCAGGCAGCAGGGGGUAGGCGGUGUCCCAGCGUCCUGGUGGGAAGCAGUGCCUGAAGGGGCGGUUACUGACCUGCGCGCAGUGUGUCUGGUGUGGUAUUUUUGGUCAGGUCUACUUUCUUCUUUGUGCUUUUCUGUCUUUUUUGAAGAUUCGUUAGCUCAGGGACUUCCCUGGCGGUCCAGUGGUUAGGACUCCGCGCUGUCACUGCCGAGGGCCCGGGUUCAGUCCUUCAUCGGGGAACUAAGAUCCCACUAGCCGAGAGGUGCGGCCAAAAAAAAAAAAUUCAUAAGCUCAAAUGCUUCUUGACGUAGAGAUGAAGCCUCGUGUAUCUGCAUGGAGAGCAGAGUCCGUGGGGCUGGUGCUCCUGGUCUGCGGCUCCCUGCGUGUGAGGACUUUGGUGACAAUCACGGGCUGUCCCUGUCCCUCCUGCUCGAGGGCAGCUGCUCUGAGGUCGAGUCUGGUUCUUCCAGGACGUCAGGGCCGGGGACCCAGCCUCUGCGUGUCUCCAGCUGUUCCCGGGUUAGCUACUGCGUGAUAUUUGGGCAUGCUGAAAAAUACCAGAUUUCAGGCACUAUGUGGUCCGAGGCCCUGAGAUGACUCCCUACGAAGGUGGCUAUUAUCAUGGAAAACUAAUUUUUCCCAGAGAAUUUCCUUUUAAACCUCCUAGUAUUUAUAUGAUAACUCCCAAUGGAAGAUUUAAGUGCAACACGAGGCUGUGUCUCUCCAUCACGGAUUUCCACCCAGACACGUGGAACCCGGCCUGGUCCGUCUCCACCAUCCUGACGGGGCUCCUGAGCUUCAUGGUGGAGAAGGGCCCCACCCUGGGCAGCAUUGAGACGUCGGACUUCACAAAAAGACAACUGGCUGCACAAAGCUUAGUGUUUAAUUUAAAAGACAAAGUAUUUUGUGAAUUGUUUCCGGAAGUCGUGGAGGAAAUUAAGCAAAAGCAGAGAGCACAGGACGAACUCGGUAGCAGACCCCAGGCUCUGCCCUUACCAGACGUGGUUCCAGACGGGGAGACGCACCACGGCCAGAACGGGCUUCCGCUCCUCAACGGGCACGCGCCGGGGGCUGGGCCGCACCUCGCGGGGCUCCAGCAGGCCAACCGGCACCACGGACUCCUGGGCGGUGCCCUGGCGAACUUGUUUGUUAUAGUUGGGUUUGCGGCCUUCGCCUACACGGUCAAGUACGUGCUGAGAAGCAUAGCGCAGGAGUGAGCCACCGCCACGACCAGCAGAGGUGGUCGGAAACGAGGGACGCUGGGCCCGAGCUCGACGCGGGCUGGCUGGACGUGCCGCCGAGCACCGGGCGGGCCUGCCUGACUCCUGGGGUUAGCUUUUUAAAAACCUUCAAAAGGAAAACAAAAACCAAAGUGUGUAGUUGGAUUUGGAGGAGACGUGAGACUCCCAGCCCCCAUUCUGCCCUGGCGUCCGUCGGGGGCUGUGAGGCUCCAUGUCCACGAGAGGGCCUCACGCUUUGGUUUUAUAGCUUAUCUCCUGAAUUGUCUUUUGGACCUAUUUUAGUAACCUGUUUUUCAUUUUAUUAGAUUUGGUCACUGAAAAAUAUAAAACUCGAUGCCUAUCCAACACUCUGCGUGCGUUCUUAGUGUGGAGCUCUGAGUCGGCAGGCAGUGCCAGGGGCCCGGCAGGGUGGCCCGGGGCCCGCUGGCCGGGGACGGCCAUGGGUGGGUCAGGGGAUUGGGCUUCGGCAUUUGUGUUCACUUAGAAGGAAGAAGGUUCCUCCUGGGAAAAAGCACGUGUGCUCUGUUUUGCUGAAGUUGAGAAUCUGCUUCCUUUCUGACAACAGGCUGGCACCGGGGCUGAGCUGUGCGUCCUGCGCGGUCGCGCUGCCGGCUUCCUCUCACCCCCAUGGCUUCUUGCGGGCUCCCACUGGCUGCGCUAAUGGAAGGAGGAGACCUCCCAGCGGGCGCCUGGGUCCCACCCGCCGGGCGGGCUCUGCACACGUGGGGCUUCCCACACACGUGGUCCAGCUCUUUGGUUUGCCCCGGAGACAGGCUCACACAUUCCCUUUCACAGCGGAUCCGUGGCCGGUUCUUAGAGGCUGGCCGCCCGGGAAGAACACCCGGGUUCAGGAGCAGCGCCGGUGGGCGCCGUCUCAGACCUGGGGCCUGCGCCUCCUGAAUCGCCGACGUCUCCCUGUUCUCGUCUCUGCUAAUGACGUCCCUGCACGGUGUUAGGCGCCGUGUCCGGGUGCCACCGCACGACACCCUGUGACCUCACUCCAGAGGCCGGCAGGGAAGCCGCGUGCAGCCCGGCGUUGGUGCAUCUUUGACGUUCUUUGUUCUUCGAUCAACUUAUUUAAAAUUGCUCUUUGAUUUACCGCUUGUGUGUAUUCAACACGCUCUUGUGAAAAAGAGUCUUUCAUUUUGUCUUUGUUCCUAAAUUUUGUGCUCUUGGGGCCUGUAUACCACAGGUCCCUCUCUGCCCAGUACUGGGUAGCCCGUGGGCAGCUGGGUGUCCACCCGGUGGACCCCGGUGGCGGGGUGGUGCUGUGCUGCUGGGCCCGGGUCCCGAUGGGUGCGGCUUUGCCAGGCCUCCCUCCGUCCACUGCCGGCCCGAGGGUGCGUCUGUGGAGCUUGGUGCCCCUUCCGGACGCGCCGUGUUUCCUGAGGUUCUUCGGAGGCGGAAUGUUUGGGAAUUAGAAAUUACUUGACACGUGUUUUUUCUUUUCUGUGUGUGAAAUCUCAACUUCUAAAAACCAGUCAGCGGUGGGAGCAGAUCUGUGCUGUACAGAGGCUCCCACUGGCGCCCGUGGCGGCUUGCUGUCUGAUGUGACCCCCAAAUAAAAGAUGACCUUGU